CGGCGGCGGCCGAACGACUGUGGGUCGCUUAGCGGCCCGGUUCUUGUGGGAAGCCGUUGAGCAAGAGGAGGCGAAAAGACCGUCGGGCUGAUGUGAUCUUUCAUGGUAUGGUGCUGGGAAUCUGUGUUUUAAAUCAUCCCAAUGGAUGCAGACAGUGAUGUUGCAUUGGAUAUUUUAAUCACAAAUGUAGUCUGUGUCUUCCGAACAAGAUGUCAUUUAAAUUUGAGAAAGAUUGCUUUGGAGGGAGCAAAUGUGAUAUACAAGCGUGACGUUGGGAAAGUAUUAAUGAAGCUUAGGAAACCCAGGAUUACAGCAACAAUUUGGUCCUCAGGGAAAGUAAUUUGCACAGGAGCUACAAGUGAAGAAGAAGCAAAAUUUGGUGCCAGACGACUAGCCCGUAGUCUGCAGAAACUAGGUUUUCAGGUGAUUUUUACAGAUUUUAAAGUUGUCAAUGUUUUAGCAGUAUGCAACAUGCCGUUUGAAGUCAGAUUGCCAGAAUUUACAAAAAACAACCGACCCCAUGCCAGUUAUGAACCAGAGCUUCAUCCUGCAGUGUGCUACAGAAUAAAAACACUUAGAGCUACUUUACAGAUUUUUUCAACAGGAAGUAUCACAGUUACAGGGCCAAAUGUAAAGGCUGUUGCCACUGCAGUGGAACAGAUCUACCCGUAUGUGUUUGAGAGCAGGAAAGAAAUUUUAUAAUUUGCCACUUCACAGUUAGACGAACUAACCAAGCACCUUUUAUAAGACUGCUGCAUAUUGGACUUGAAGCGAGAAAAAAAAAGGGUAAAGAAAAAAGGAUUAACUGGACCAAGACAGCUGAGGAGGUACAAACUCUUGGCCACAAUGAUAAACUCCAGUCCCUUUUGGAUUUUAUUUUGAACAGUGCUGUAUUGUAAAAACAAAAGUUUACAAAAAAAAUAUGAAAUUGCUGCUUUUUACAAGACAUUCUAUUUAUUUCUGCAGUGAUUUCUGUGUUCAUAAGCAGAAUUGUCAUGAUAUGCACUAACCUUGGAAAUACUUCUUUAGGUUGAGCUUGUUUUUAUUUGUUAAUAGUCUUUUACAUUUUUGUAUGCUGUUGGGCACCAAAGAAGCUGUAGACAUUACCUUUUUCAUCUGACAAACAUGCACAAAAUAAAAGUCUGCAAAACCUUCCUUCAUACCUGUUCUGUUACAUUCCUUUUCCCUUUUCAAUUAACAAUUGUAUAUUGGCAAAGUAACUAGAGCAUUUUUAGUGUAAUCUUUUGUUCAUUUUUUUUUCCUUCCAGUUUUAGUGUGCGUGUGUAAAGUGGUCAAUAGCAGACUAGGUUCAAGUGAAUGACAGAUAUAUAGGUGUACAAAGGACAGACUCUGUUUUUUCUGCAAUGUAUUUGUAAGUAAAUGCAGAGGUUGGCUGAUCUUUUUCUGCUUUGCUCAGUAAGGGCACAUUCUGGAUCAUAACAGAUUUUAAUGAACAUUGUAUUCAGUAAAGAUAGGGUUAGUAUAAGUACCAUUAUAGCACUUGAUGUUAGUAAAAUCAGCUUACUGUGUCCAUAAUCCAGAUACAGUUUUGGUUGGGUUUUUUU